GAAAAAAGCAUCCCUUUGAUCUACCGCCUGACGGCAGACCAAUGGUAAAGCUUGAUGGUUUAGCCUGCAAGUGGCUGGCUUGGUGAGCCACAGAGAGAGAGAGAGACGCGCAGGAGAGCCUCACGCAGUGAGACACAGAUAGACUCGCGCAAGGUGACAGAGGGGACGUACAGGGACACACAAAGACACACACACAGAGCGGAGAUUGACAAGAAUACAGACGGGAAACACACACACAUACACGCGUGAAUAUAUACACACACGCGUGAAUACACACACACACGCGUGAAUAUAUACACACACGCGGGGUGUAGAUAAAGAGACGGAGUAAGAAGCCGACACAGUCUGGAUCUUGUGCUUCCUGGAAGGCGUGCACGUGUGUGUGCGUGCCGUUUGCAAAGCUUUCUUGAAUUUAAAAUCGUAUAAGAAGAUCAACUAAGUCCAGAGAGAGGGAGAGAGCGAGAGAAAGAUCGGGAACGAGAGAGAGCGAGCGAGCGAGAGCUGUACUCCUUCACUGUGAAAUUACAGAAUCACAGUCAUCAUCGCCACCACCACCAGCAGCAGCAUCAUCGUAACAAGCACAGCAAGGGGGAUAAGAAGAGCGAGCGAGCGAGCGUACGAGAGUCCUGGCCGCCCUCUCCUCGCGCACGGAUGCCGGGGCCCACAUAGCGAGAUGGGCAAACUGCAAUCAAAACACGCCGGGAGACGGCGGGAGAGCCCUGAAGGCGACAGUGUUGCUGCGAGCACGUCAUUGUGCCGGCGACUGGAGGACAGUGGAGGAGGCUCGAGAGGAAGACUCGCGGGGCACAGAGGCAGACUCACCUGCCCGGAUGGAGUGAAGGAUGGAUAUCGCUACUUGGACGAGGAAUGCUCUGAAGUUUUCCAGAAGAGAGGGGAAGGAUCGAGUCCCAGGCCUGUGGAGGAGGAGAAGCUGGGUUCUCAUUCUGGUCCCUUGAACUCAUCCUUCAAGAAACGGCUCAACUUUAACGAGAUGGAAUGUGAUGUUUCAGUGGCUGAGGGCAACAGGCAGGAAUGGACCUUUACGCUCUAUGAUUUUGACAACAGUGGGAAAGUGACUCGGGAGGAUAUUGCCGGGCUGAUGCACACAAUCUACGAGGUGGUGGACAACUCUGUCAACCACUCCCCCAACAACAGCAAAACUCUGCGAGUGAAGCUGAGCGUCACGCCAGACCCGAGCCAGCGGCGACGAGCGAAUACCGACGUACAGGGGACAUGGGCCGGUGCCACGGGAAGCCCCGACGGGGUUGGUGGUCCUGACAAACGGAACCUUCGUAGGCACAACAGUGACCAGAAUCCCCCAGCCAACACGCGGCACCAUUACUGCCUGGACGAGAACAUAGAGCGGCGGAACCAUUACCUGGACCUCGCGGGUAUUGAGAACUACACGUCGCGCUUCGAGGAAGACACACCAGAAAACACCAAGCAGGAGCAACAGAGCAAGGCGACGCAGCCCCACGGUCGCUCGCACUCGCAGGGGCCCGAGAGUCACGGCCCGCGCGGCAGCCAUCGACCGCACGCUUGCGACGCCGGCGUCGGCCAAGGCGGUGACGCGCCGCCACCACUCAACCGGCAGCAGGGCGAGGCCUUGGCGAGCAAGGCUCGAACCCAGCAGCAGCAGCAGCAGCAGCUUUUGCUGAUUGCGCGUUCGCCGAGGGUCCACGGCAAACCAGCUGCGGCCAAAUCCGGAAAAGCCCUCCGGUUGCAGUCACAGAGCGUGUACGCCCCGGUGCUUGCAUCGCCGUCCGAACUGCAGCAGCAGCAGCAGCACGGCAACAAGAAGCACCGGCAGAGGUCACGCGAGGCGCACGGGCGCUACGGGCUGGCGCCUGGGCCUGCACUCCCGCUGCCCGUAGCGGGCGAGGGAGACGCUUACGGUGGAGCGUAUGACGCGGCGAUGCCUCUGAUGCAGCGGCACGAGCACCACCACUUCCACGAGCACCACCACCACCAUCACUACCACCAUUACACGGAGACGUGACCGGACUUGCGCGCAUGCUCGCUCGCUCGUGCUCUCAACCCGCCCGACCAACCGCUCCUUUGCUCGCUCACCCGCCUGCUGACCGGCUUCAACGUAAACCAGUUUUAAUCCCCGCAGAUGUACUUCGACGAGACGCUCGCAUUCGCGUGGGGCGACGCUCAGCUACGCUAGCUGCCGUGGGCCGGCAGCGGAGAUUUUAUAUCACUUUGGCAGUUCAUCCACGAGGCAGCCACUGUUGACUUUCCACCCAAAGUUGUGCUUAUUUUAUUAACCCUGGAGGGAUGGUGGGCUGGGUCGGAUCCCGGACCAGGAUUUGAACUUGUGACCUUGUGAUUGUGAGUGCCUCCCGGCCUCUGCAGCAGAAGUUCGGUUUCACAUUUUCUUCAGUGAGGAAUGACAGAGGCGUUCCAGUACAGUACAAUUAAUUUUACUCUUUCGUUUUGUUUAAUCGAGAUAAAUGUGCCGUCUAUUUACGAAUUGCGUACAUAACUGUAUUUAUCCGUUGUGUGUGUUUACCAUAUUUGCCUUAUGUUCGAAACGCUUUAAUUUUCCAGCAGUAUUGUGUAUAUGCAUGCGUAUGCAUACAUAUAUGUUUUAUAUGUGUGUGCAUAUGCCAUAUACUUGUACUUGACAUACACAGUGGAAUAUGCGCCUAUGGUAUAUAUGCUAUAAAAUCAGUGUCACUAUGCUCUAAUAACCAUUGAGUGUUCACCUACAACAAUCAACCAUUUUUGGAAUUUCCAUAUUUCCUCUUGCAGGAGUGGGGUAUUCCAAAGGACAACUGUUGUUAAUUUCCCACCAUGUUUAUUUCAGUCUUACCAGGUACGGCUGAUGUCACUGAGAAUGGAGGGCCCAAUUAAGUUAUUAACGUGUCAAUGCGUAACAUAUUAUUAGCGUGUCAAUUUAAAAUCUAAAUCUCAAGAUUUGUUACGCCUUGAUUCCCUACCAAUGUUGUGCUUUACCCCCGCCAUAUGUACAGAAUAUGUACCAUAGGCAUAUAAAAUUACACAUAUACACAUGCAUAUACAUGCUGUAUAUAACAAUACUUUUAUUUGUGUUUGACAUAAGGCUCGCCGAGAGAAGAAUUUUGUUUAAUAUAAAUACUGAGCUGUAAUAGAGGGACUCUGAAACGUGCAGUUUUGCAUGGGACGUGACGGGUGGGUUUGCGAAUGUUUGUGAAACCUUGCUUUGUGGAAACUUAAAGGAAGACGCAACCCAAAAAAAGGACGGACAAAGCAAUGGUCUCACCACGGAAAUGGAAACUCAUAAUUUGGCCUACCAGCCAUGGGUGUUCUGGACCAGUCUUCUCGUCUUAUGGGCUGCUGGUGCAGAUGCAGAACUACAAUUUCACAUUCAGGUGGUCAAGCCAGACAAUCGCAUCAGGAACAGCAGAGUGAUGCCCAGCAACAUAUUUGUUGCUCAAUCGUGCGAAAUAAACCUGUUUGCUCUUAUGUUACAUUGGUCCAGUGACGUGGCAGACUAAAUCCAAUGGCGGCUGGUACGUGUGGGGCAUUAGAGUGGCGGCCCACCAAAAUGUAUCUUAAAAAUAUAUAUCUAAAAAAGUUUGAACAGUAAUUUCCUCACGGCAUAUGAAAUCGAUUCUCAAUCAAUCUAUUUUCAGUUGAAUCAAUUCAAAUAGAAUCGGCUCCGAACAUUCGAUGCAGCACACGAAGGGCACAUAGAAAUUACUAAUUAUGUACUCGUUGAGGGGGCGGUUUCCCAUUGGCUGAUUCGCAGCCAUGCGAAUAGGGGCCAUGCUGGGGCGUCUUGGAGUCCCCCCCACCUCUAGCCAAUCACAAACCGCUAUACGUGUAUGCAACGGAUGCCCCUGCAAGUAAAUGUAGGUUAUUCUGAAUUGUGAAUUAGUUGUUUAAUUGUUAGGUUCACAGUUUUAUUGUUUAGUUAAUCAUCAUGGUAGCCCCCUGUUCAAACAUGCUCCUGUGAAUAACAACAACAACAACAACAACCACAGAUUGACCUGCCACACGUAGGUUAGAGUGUCAUCAUCGUGGUUUCCCAUUGGAAUCCUGUGGACAAUUGCUCACAUUUCCUGAAAUGAAAUUUCCUUCAAUUCACAAUGAGUUUUCUUUUGCAAACUGGGCAAAUACGAGGUUGUUUUUUUCUUCAACCGACUAACAUAAUGGUCACAUGAAGAAAUUGGAACCACUAAAGUUGUGUCACCUCAGGCUUGUACGACAAGUGAGAUAUCUGGUCUGAGCUCAUGGGUGCCACAGUGGCGAGACGUUAACUACCUCGCCUGGUAUAUAGGAGGUCGUGGGUUCAAUCCUGACCCUGACGCCUAUAUAUAUCUUGAGCUGCCAUUUUAACACGUAGGAGUUUGAGAUAAAUAUGAUUCAUAAUAGAGGUCUUUGGGUUAGAUUGCAUCUUUUAACAAUUCAGUAGCGUUACGUAGUAUUUGGUUAGCUUUAAGUGACUGAAUGUGAUUAGUUACUUUGACUGCGUUUGGUAUUACCUUUGAAUCUCUGCAUCUCUUGAGAAGACAGCUUCAUCCGCUUGAUACCGAGUUUCUUCACUUUUCUUGCUUGAAGAAAAGUAUCCUUCCCAUAGAGGUUAGUCAGUUUAACACGAUCUAACCAAACACCUCUAUUAUGGAGUUUGCCUGUUCUCCCCGUGGUCGUGUGGAUUUUUCUCCUGGUUGUCCGGUUUUCCCCUCCACAUUUAGAAUCAACAUGCGUUUAUAGAAUUUGGCUGCUAUGAAUGUACACACGAUAAGCCGCUUCGUUGAGAUAUAUUUUUUGGCCAGUUCACUUCUGAAAAAGAGAUAUAUAUAUCUCAGUGGACCUUAUGUGGUAAAAAAGUGAAAGUUAAAUCGUUAAUUGGAAGCGAGAGGACUCAAAAAACGUCCCUGUGACACCACAGGAGGCCGCUAUGUAGCAUUGUUGUGAUCUCACAAUAUGCCCCAAGCACGUGCGUGACGUCAAGCUUACACUCUGCAAAUAUCCACGAAAUAAGACUGAGCAUUAUAUAUUUUUUUAGGUUGUGUCUUCGCACAACCACAAAUUGCAUCUGUUGGUUGUUGUUGUUGGUGGGGUUUUUGUUGUUGUUAUGGUUGUAACAGCUGUUUCUGAAAUGAGGUGCGAGGAGAGUCAAAGAAACGAACGAGAUGCACGCUGGAGAACAAACCAUGCAAGGAUUUGGGGGUCCGUGGUCGUUGGCGGUUUGCUUCCAGUUGGGGGGGUUUUGAUUGUCUUGGGAACUCAAAUGGCGUCGAGUUUGGCAAAUAAAUAA